AUGCAAGGUCCUCCUGGAAUACGGGGCUCUGUUGGAGACCGAGGGUCUGAAGGGAAUGCUGGAUUGCCUGGACCUCCUGGACCCCCAGGAGAGCCUGGAUAUCCUGGUUCAUGCCAACACUGUCAAGGAGGAGCCAAUGCCGGAGUCCUUUUACCUUCUCCAUCCGCAUAUGAACAACAGCAACCUCCUUCCUCCCCCUCAACAUCAUCUCCUGUUUGGAAGUCUUUAGAUAAUUCCCCUACAUACUCCGCUUCUUAUUCGGGAAAUGAAAAGGGACAUGCACCUAGUGCAAAACCUGAGGGAUCCAAAUCAGAAAAUUCUUUAGCGCUUGGGGUGGCUCAGAAAGCGGUAAUUUAUUCAGAAGGAAGAAAACAACAUAUUGGGGAAACUAAUAAACAAAAACAAGAAGAAUUUCUUUGGAUUAAUGAAUAAAUUUUAAUAAAAGCGGUUCUGAUGUUUUAGGGGUAUAAAUGCCCUCAAGGGCGCCGUUCAGCCUUCGUUUUUUGGUGUUUCGUCUUUGUCCUUCGCGUUUUAAGUUAACUGUCGUGUUUCCCCCUUUGUCUUUCACUUGUAAAAGCGAAAGACGAAACACCAAAAAAGCGAAACUUAGACGAAAGACGAAACUGACACGUCU